UACAGUUCAAAAAACCAUAACAAUUUCUUAUGAUACAGCGGUCCAAAUUAAUAUUAAAUAAUACCUAAUAGAAAAUAUUAAAAUAUAAAUCAAUUUUUUAAGUGAAGAAUAAUUUUUGUGUGGAACUAUUUUAAAAUUAACAUAAAAAUAAAUAAAUUUAAUAUAAAGUGGCAGCUCUUACAAUCUUUUGACAAAAACCAAAUUUUUCAUAAGUUUGAAAUGUCACAAAAUAACGAAUCAGAUGCAAUACCUUCUGAAUACUGUUCAGAUGAAAAAACGACUCUUUUAACUGUAACAGAAAAAAACUCCUCCCAUAAAUCUCGAAUGGGAUCUGUUUCUUCAAUUAAUGGACCUGUAAGUAAGCCGACAUUGAUUCGACAAGAUCGUACGGCGCACCAAUUAUCAGGAGCUGGUGGUUCUGAUGAUGAAGACGACAAAGAGGAGAAUCAAGAUGAAGGAUUCGGAAAAAAAAGAAGUAGCAUUGAUCUUGGAACUACUACUACACCGUUAAUAUCAGUUUCUAAAUCGCCUGAAAACAAGAAUUUACAAAUUGUGUCAUACAAUCGAUGCAAAGCAUGUAAAAAUUGUGACCGAAGAGCCUCGUCUACUCAUAUACAAUACACAUCUUCACAAAUUAAAAAAUCGGUCUCGAAAGAUAGUAUUAAGAAUUCUACAUCAUAUGGUCGUUUUAGCCCUCAACUUGUAAAGCAACAGUCUGCUACAAUACCACCUGUGUUGGUGACUACAUCCCCAAUAAAUGGAAAAAAAAUAAUCAGACAAAGAUCACAACCUGAACAAACUACAUAUAACUCAAGUAGUUGUGUUGCGCAUGCAGUUCAAAGUAAUUCAUUAAAACAAUUCAAAGACCCAAAUGACAUGAUAGCAGGAAUCGCCGGUGAUUGUUUAAGAAUUAAUGGAGCAAUGAGACCUUUUAAACAGGGGAUUCUCCUUUGUCCACAAACAUUAUCGCAAGCUAGAAGGUUACGUCUAAGAAGAGCUUUUACAGAUGCAACAAGUGAACAAUUAAACUAUCUGCGAAAGCCUACAUCAACAUUAUCAAUAACCGGUUCGAUGAAGGGACCAAGCACAGGAAAUAGAGACAUCACUAAUAAUUCAUGUAACGAAGAAUCAGCUAUUGCACUUGUACAUAUUCCAGAAUACCCAAGAUACCCCAGGUAUAUGGAAGAACGUGGAAUAGGUGGCUCUAAAGCACCUGGAUCAAUUCAAGGUUCUCAAAAACAUAAACCUAAUGUUGGUUAUCGAUUAGGAAGACGAAAAGCUUUAUUUGAAAAACGCAAAAGAAUUAGUGAUUAUGCUUUGGUAAUGGGGAUGUUUGGAAUAAUUGUAAUGGUCAUUGAAAAUGAAUUGAGCAGUGCGGGUGUUUAUACAAAAGCUUCAUUUUAUUCAACCGCUUUAAAAACACUGAUAUCUGUCUCAACUGUAAUACUUUUAGGCCUUAUAGUAGCUUAUCAUGCCUUGGAAGUGCAGUUAUUUAUGAUCGACAACUGUGCUGAUGAUUGGAGAAUUGCAAUGACGUGGCAAAGGAUGAGUCAAAUUGGAUUGGAGCUACUCAUAUGUGCGGUUCAUCCUAUUCCAGGUCAAUAUUAUUUUUACUGGACAACAAAGCUAGCGAACAAAAAUAAAGCUUUAGGAACUGAGUUGGUUCCGUAUGAUGUUGCCCUUUCAUUGCCAAUGUUUUUUCGUUUAUAUUUAAUAUGCCGAGUUAUGUUGUUACAUUCAAAACUUUUUACCGAUGCAUCGUCUCGUAGUAUAGGAGCUUUAAAUCGAAUUAAUUUUAACACAAGAUUUGUUUUAAAAACUCUCAUGACAAUAUGUCCAGGAACUGUCUUAUUAGUUUUUAUGGUAUCUCUUUGGAUUAUUGCAUCUUGGACUUUAAGGCAAUGUGAACGAUUUCAUGACGAAGAACACGCAAAUUUGUUAAAUUCAAUGUGGCUAAUUGCCAUUACAUUUGUAAGUGUUGGCUUUGGGGAUAUUGUCCCGAACACUUAUUGUGGGCGAGGUAUUGCUGUCAGUACAGGAAUAAUGGGAGCUGGUUGUACUGCUCUUCUUGUGGCUGUAGUCUCACGAAAAUUAGAAUUGACUAGAGCAGAAAAACAUGUUCAUAACUUUAUGAUGGACACUCAACUAACAAAAAGGCUAAAAAAUGCAGCAGCAAAUGUAUUGAGAGAAACAUGGUUAAUUUACAAACAUACUAGACUUGUAAAAAGGGUAAAUCCUGGCCGAGUUCGUACUCAUCAGCGAAAAUUUUUACUUGCCAUAUAUGCAUUACGUAAAGUAAAAAUGGACCAACGAAAAUUAAUGGAUAAUGCUAAUACUAUAACAGAUAUGGCGAAGACGCAAAACAAUGUAUAUGAAAUAGUGUCCGACAUGUCUACAAGACAUGAUUCAUUAGAAGACAGACUAUCUGUGUUGGAGGACAAGCUGCAAAGCAUUCAAGAUCAAUUAGAUGCACUACCUGAAAUUUUAAGCAGGUGUAUACAACAGAAUCAAGAAAGAGUUGAACAACGACGAAAUUUUCUUCAUCCAGAUACCGCUGCAAGCUCUAUACCUUCAAAUCCAGCCCCUAUUAUUGGGUCGCCACUACUUUUGCAUCAUUCCAGUUUAUCUUCUAGGAGUGUUCCAACUGCGACAACACCAACAUACCCAUGGCCCCCAAGUCCGAUUUUACCGCCUAUCUCUUCAAGAAUGCCUAAUCUUACACCAUCUAAUACAAAUAAAACUUAGUGAAUAGUGGAAAAAUACAAAACAGCAACGAAGGAAAUUCAAUAAUACUGGGUACUUAGAGCAGUAUAAUUCUCUAAAAUAUUUUGGAUUUCUUUGUCCUCCAAAACAUAAGAAAGAGGAAGGAUAUCGAGUAUUGAGAAGUACAAAACACCACUUUUAAUAGAAAUCCUUAAUAUAAUUGCAUAAUUUUCUCAUCAAUUAAAUUAAAAGUCAAAUAUUAAUAACACUGUACAACAAAAUAAAAAAGUACCCUGCGCUUGGGUGCGGACUAUGGCAGUCUUAAAGUAGGUCUCGAGAUAUGAACAAAACGGGCUCGAUCUCCUCUGGUGCCUUGGACGUUUCAAAAGUUAUGACCUUUUGAAGUUUUUAGGGGUUUUCAUUGACAUUUUCCAAUGUAACUUCCAUAAUUUGCACUACAACUUCAAAAUUCUUGAUACGAGAAGAUUCAGCGGAAAAUUUUACGCAUAUUUAAAAAAAAAUUAAUUGAUUUUGGUGAAUUUUUAAGGGAGUUAUGGUAGUUUUAAGUCAGAAAAAUGUGAAUUUUUCCCAAAAAAUUGAGAUAUUUUUGACUUUUGAGGUCUGUUGCGCCAAACAAAUCAAAAAAUCAAGUAGCUCAUUUGAAAGGGCAGAAAAUUUACUACAAUUUCAAAAAACAACCAGGUGAUUUGGUUGAUUUUUACGGAUUUUAUGAUAGAAAAACGAAUGAAAGGUCAGCAAUUUUUUUCAUUAAAAAUGUACAUUUUUUCAAAUUUUGAGGUCCGAUUCGUUGUUUA